GGUUGUCAAACUCAAGGAAGCAAGUUCAACUUACGGCUUCAUUAGUUCAGUUCAGCCAGGAUCUGGAGGCAGAAGUACAAGUGCGCCAUGGCAUGACCCUCGGGUGACUUCCCUUUUCAUAGAUGAUGCUGAAAUUGUUGGUAUUGAAUCUCAAAAAAGAAAACUCACAAGCCGGCUGGUGGAGGGAACUCCAGAACGAACUGUUAUUUCAGUGGUUGGCAUGGGCGGACUUGGCAAGACCACUCUUGCCAACAAAGUAUAUGACAACAAGGAAUUGGUGGGACACUUUGAUUGCUCUGCUUGGAUCACUGUGUCUCAGUCAUUCAAGAUGGAAGAGCUACUGCGGAACAUGACAAUGAAAUUCUAUCAAGCAAGGAAGGAGCCAGUUCCUGAGGGUAUCAAUACCGUGGACGAGUCCUCACUAAUGACCUUAACCAGGCAAUAUUUACAAGAUAAAAGGUAUGUGGUUGUUUUUGAUGAUGUAUGGAAACUAGAUUUCUGGGGAUUCAUUAAAUAUGUUUUACCAGAAAAUAAAAAAGGGAGCAGGAUAAUAAUCACAACACGUAAUGAUGAGGUAGCUUCUUGUUGUAAAGAAUCUUCAUUUGAUUACAUCCACAAGCUGCAACCUCUACCUCCAAAGAGCUCCUGGGAACUCUUUUGCAAGAAAGCGUUUCAGGGUGGAUGUCCUCCGGAAUUAGAGAAAUUGUCUCAUGAUAUUGUCAGAAGAUGUGGUGGAUUGCCACUAGCAAUUGUAGCAAUCGGUGGUCUUUUGUCAAGAAAAGAGAAGCUUGUCUCCGAAUGGAAAAAAUUUAGUGAUACCCUAGGCUCUGAGUUACAAAGUAAUUCGCAUCUUGAAAGUAUCAAUACCAUUCUCUCCCUCAGUUAUCAUGAUCUGCCUUAA